UCUGUUAUCUGCUCUGCUGCCGAUCCACUGUAGUUACAGCUGACAUUUCUGCCGCCGCUUCCCUGUUCCUCUGUAGCUGCAUCGCGCUUUUCGCUCUGAUUUUUUUAAUGUACAUUAUUUCUCGUUAGCGCGUUUUAUUUCAGCCAUCCUUCCUACGCUUCAGUGCAGCGCUGUUACAGUCUCAUACAGAUAAAUAAGGAAGUCUUUGCGGGAAAUACCGAACCGAGAAGCUCAUUUCAGUCGACGUUGAUUUGAAAGAAGACAUUUGAUCUGUUUGGACUGAUAACAGUGAGACAGCGAGCAAAGACAUGCAGCGGAGAGGUCAGUGAGGAUGACAACAGAGGCAACGGAGACGGAGGGAUGAGAAGCAGACUCAAGUAAGAGGAGGAAGCAGGAUUCCAAAGUGCCUACAGUACGGUUUUGUCCUACAGCAGGAGAGAGGGCUCGGUGUUCGUUUGGCCUUGAAUGGAGGCUAUAUUUUGUCCUGACAGCCACAAAGUCAUCCAUCCCACGUUGCUGAGCUGCAGUCCCCACAUUCCCAGAGCUGAGCUGAAGCUUUGUCUCAUCAUUACAAGGACAUUACGGGUGUAAGGUUCUGCUUUUUCCCCCUCUGUCUGUCAGAGAAUAACAACUACAACAGAGCUGCGGCGACUUCCUCUGCUCUGACCAUGUUGACAUGAAUGUAAAAGAGACGCAUCUGAGCGGACUAUGGUGAUGUUUUCUGAACGUUUUUCUUUCUUUCUCUUGAGACAGAGCUGGUCUCUGCUCCCAGUUAACCCCUGCUAUCUCACCCAGUAAAACUUCAGCUGACAGUUUUCCCAGGAUCAGCUAAUAAACAUCCCUCAAAAUACUCCAAUCUAAAGGGACUUGCUACCUAUUUGCUCUGAAGGAAAAAUAUUUUUGCUUUUUUUUCCCCCAAGGGGAUUUUUUUUCUCUCUCUCUCUUGAAUCACUAUUAGUCAGCCCUGCUUGCAUUAGACCAUUUUUUUCCAUCCACUCGCUCCCACCCCUUGCUCAGUGUCUGUGAGCAUCUCAGAUGGCUGUCAGCAUGACCAUGGGACGAGACACCAAAUGGCUGACCUUGGAAGUGUGUCGCGAGUACCAGAGAGGCACCUGCUCACGAUCUGACACCGAUUGUAAGUUUGCACAUCCCUCCCGGAGCUGCCAUGUGGAGAACGGCCGAGUCAUCGCCUGCUUUGAUUCGCUCAAGGCCCGAUGCACACGAGAAAAUUGUAAAUACCUGCACCCACCUCCGCACCUGAAAACCCAGCUGGAGAUUAAUGGAAGAAACAACCUGAUCCAGCAGAAGGCCGCGGCGGCCAUGUUGGCUCAACAGAUGCAGUUCAUGCUGCCCGGAGCACAGCUGCAGCCGAUUACAACCUUUCCAGUGACUCCAUCCCUGGCAACGAGCCCCAGCAUGGCGUUCAGUCCAUAUCUGGGCCAUAUGGGCCCAGCCGUGGGCCUGAUGCCGGACCUGCUGCCCAGCACGCCCCUCCUCGUCCCCGGCAGUCCCACCAGCCUCACAGCGAUGGGCAACGGCUCCUCGGCGCAGAAGCACACUCGCACAGACAAGCUGGAGGUUUGCAGAGAGUUCCAGCGCGGCAACUGCACACGGGGUGAGAGCGACUGCCGCUACGCUCACCCCCUGGAGGCCGGCAUGGUGGACUGCAGCGAGAACUCCGUCAUUGUGUGCAUGGACUACAUAAAGGGCCGCUGCAGCAGGGACAAGUGCAAGUACUUCCACCCGCCGGCUCACCUGCAGGCCAGGAUCAAGGCUUCGCAGCACCAAGCCAGUCAAAACACAGCGCCCGCUCCUUUGGCUUUAGCUCCAGGCGGCAUGCAAACGCUGCCAAAGAGGCCGAUUUUAGAGAAGAGCAACGGCGCUGCAGCUGCAGUCUUCAACCCUAGCAUGUUCCACUACCAGCAAGCCCUGGCUAACAUGCAGCUCCAGCAACCAGCCUUCAUCCCCACUGUUCCCAUGAUGCACGGUGCCACCUCCACUGUUUCGUCGGCCUCGACCCCCGUCACCAAUGUUCCUUUCGCUGAAUCCGCCGCCUCGAAUCAGUAGACUCCUCCGAGCUUCUGACCCCUGACCCGGUGGAGCUGCAGUGCGUUCCCAUGGAAAACCAUUUCUGCCCCGUCCCCAAACUGCUGGUGGCGGCUCCAGUGGGAAUAAACUCAGUAAGCCUUUCACGAAACCCCAGUUAGAGUCCCUGAAAACCUGCAGCUCUGCAGCAAACAUGUGCCUCGCCCACAGUGCGCACCGACCGAGUGUCAGUGUGAAACUUCUUAUACAAUGUUUAUAAAAUAAAAUUUAAAAAAAGCUGCAAUGGUUCACGCAAUACGAGCCUGAACUUAAAGCUGCUUCACUGCAGCCGUAACGAUGCAUCCUGACGUGAUGAGCAAUAGAGCUCCCUCGUUCUGACAGCCAUACACACACCACACCUUAAACGUGCGCACACACACACGCACACACACAUUCAAGACUAAAAGCCCUUUAUGGGUUGCAGCCAUUACCUGAGGCAGCCCAACACACCUGACCGAUCCAAAGUAAGAAAAGUUCAUUCUGGAUACUCAGAACAUUGGAGCUGCAAACGGACCUGCUGCUGGUCUUCAACCAUGACUUGUUUUAAAAAUGAAAGAAUGUUUCAUAACAUGUGAACAUUUAUGUUUCAAGACGACUACAAAUCUAGUAUGUGUUGUACCAUGUGUUGUGUAUCAUUCAGUUUAUUCUCAUCCGAUGCCUGAUGAAACGUCAGAAAGAAGCUGUUAAUUUGUUUGUGCCUUUGAGUUUUUCCUGCUGAGCUGCAGAGAAGACCUGGUUUCUAAAAAGGAUUAAAAAAAAAAACUAAACAGCAACAAUUAAAGAGAUGUCCACAUGUGAAAUUAAAGGCAAUACCAAUUUCAAGUUUGCUGCAUAUCAGCGAGUGGCUGCUAACAAGGGACGAUUGUAUUAAACAGUGAAGGUGUUAACAGUUGGGUUUCAGGAAUUUGCGGGAUUCAAAGGUUUUUGCCUGAUUUUAAAUAUUGUUAUCUGGAUUAAAGCACCAAAUGAGGCAUCAUUAAACAUGUGAAAUUAGGUUGCAUUCAGUAUAACUUAAAGAGGCAGAUAGGAGGUUUUUAGACCCCCUUCACACCAGAUUAAGACCAGCCUACAAUAAAACAUUUGGGACAAAAUUCAAUCCAGGGCCGGUCCUAGGUUUUUUGGAGGGGGCCUAAAGCAAAAUGUGAUUUGGGGGCCCCUUAAUAUUACAGGCAUUUCAAUACAGAUUUGGUGUAAUCUGGGAGAGAAGACAGAGUUUAAUUCUCUGACCUUUAAUUCAAUCUAGGAUAAUUAUAUCAUUACUAUUUACGGACAAACAGAGCUCUAACAGAAAGCAAAAAUUUGAGGAAAUGGUGCUUACUAUGAAAUUAAAAUGAAAGCAAAAACAUUAUUAAUAAACAAUUAUUACUUGCGAUAUACCUAACAUUUACUAUUUCAUAAAAGUUAGAGUUUGUUAGCAAAAAUCUCAUCCAAAAUGCUAACAUGUGUUCAUCGAUAUCGACAGUGUGAGCUUUGAGGCCAAAUUUGUACCAAUGUUUAGUUUAAAUUGGAGCCAGCAACAAGCACAAAUGAGAAUAGACACAAUUUGGAGGUGGUGCGCCCCUUGUCACAACUGGCUGCAGUAGUAUAGUGAAGAAGCCUAUUUGCUAGCAGGAAUUGGUUGUAGCUAGUGAUACACUUUUCUGCCAAUAGUGUCACAAUAACGCUGAUGAUUUUAACCAUCAUGUUCUUAAUUAUAUCCUCCUUAUCAAUCCCACAAUACUGAACGUUGAUGUCCGAUCUUAGUCCAGCGUGAAGUGGGGAUUCGGACUUUGGUCUUGAAAAACAAACUGCCUUAAAUAAUUAUUGCCGGAUCUAUUCUGUUUGUGGGGUUUUAUAGUGCAACAACUAAAAAGAAAGGGUUUGUUUGUUUUCAUUCUUUCAGUAUUUGAUUUAACGAACUCAUAAUUGUUUCUGUCUUCUACAUAAAUCUUAUAAUAAAUUGAUUAUAAUCCUGAGUCAGCUCAAAUAUUGCAAACUGUUAACACUGACACCUUUUCUUCCCAUCUGAUGUCAGCCAUUGCACAAGGCGGAAGCUGGAUCUGUUUCCUAAUGUUGUGCCUAAAGUCUGUAUAUGCAAGAAGUUGCCCAUUUAUCGCAAUACCCAAGUUAAUUCAUACAAAUAAUGUGCAAAUGUUGAACGCAGAGAUCCAUCUUAAAAAAGAAAUUUCUUUGUGGUACUAUUAGUUUCAUGCUGCUUUUUAAAUAAAUAAGUGGCACAAGAUUUAUUGUUUAAAGGCACUUCAGGGAGAAAUCUUAGAACUUGAAAAUGUCGUGUCCGACUUUAUAUCAUCACCUUUUCUACUGCUGUGUUCUUUCUGUCAGAAGUCAUCAGAGUUGAUGAUAAGAAGAGGUAGAAAAUGGAAGAAAUAAAUCAGACUUUAGGGAUAAAAAAAAAAAUACAAACACACCUGUUAUUUUCACUGAAAUGAACUGCUUUCUUUGUUGUGAGACUGAACUUGGAAAAGUGGGCAGUAAGCAUUUUCAUUCAAGUUCAAAUGUGCCUCUUUCAAGUCUCCUUAAACCAUCACUGUCGAAACACUGUAAGAACUACGAGUGCUCAAAGAUGCAUCGCUCAUUUAGUACAUUGUUAAUGUUGUACGAAACCACGUCUAGUUUCUUCUCAGAGACAGCUGUGCUGUCUUAUUGUCAGUGUAAUAAAUACAUAAACCAGUGAGGUGAGUGGUGGAGGUCAAAUGUGAGAAUAUUAAUUUCACACAGAUUUAGUUGGUUUUAAGUGCUGCAGAUGUUCCAGCAUUUCCAUUUUAGAAUAAUGUUGAUGUGUUGUGAAUGUACCUAAUGCAAAAAAACUAUACAUGUGCCCCCCUGAACAACAGGCAUGCUGAAAUGUUACUAUCACCAUAUAUAAACUAUUUCAGAGGUACCAUGAUGAUACUGUGUUACGAUGUAUAGAAAUGUAUGUAUUGUUAUAUAGAUUUAUAUUUAAUGUCAUUACGUGGUGUGGCUACAAACAGAAAUAUUUUUCACCUUUAGAAAAUUUAGAUCAGAGUUGUGCUGUUUGAGGUGCAAAUGCAGCAGAAAAUAAUUUCUUUAGAGAACACUAAUUAUAAAGACGUAAACAGGUUAUGUAUCUGUAAGAAACUUUUUUUGGAAACGUGUCCAAAGUUUAUUUCUGUCAACUCACACGUCUCUCUUUGAACUUUGCUUUGCAGGUCAGACUUUAAUUAAAUGUUUAAUUGCCAAAACUAAGACUACAUUUAAAUGUGAAGUUGUGGAUGCUCAAAAACUUACAUGCGUCUAUACAAAAUUAUGUAUAAGUCUAAAACUUCAUUUCAAGCAUGUUUUCUUUGGUUGGUCCCAUAUUUAAUGGAGCUUGUUUUUUCUAUCUGUUUUUAAUGUGGGAAAAGGUGCACUAAAAACAAAUCUACAUAUUUGAUAGAAAAAGAGAAAGUCAAUGUGGCACACUUUUUUCUAAUAUAAAAUUCAGUUCAUGCAGCUCUGCAGCUUUCACAUUCUCCAUUCAUUAAUUUUUUCAUUUUUAUUCUUUCUUUUCUUUUCCCGUCUUAUGAGGCAGAUGACAGAGAAACUGCAGAAAAACUGCAAUUUCCUUCUGAUUUUUAGCCCAUAAACACUGAAUGAUCCUUAUUAGUUUCCCACAUUUACAUUUGACAGAGAAACACAAACUUUCAGUAAAAAUGUUCAGUAAAUGUUUCUAAUUUUUAAAUAAUAUGUUUUAAUUUACUUGGAUUAAACUGACCUUAAGCUGUCAAAUUGAACAGUGUCUUCUCAGCUCUAUAAUGAUGAUAUUUUUAUUAUUUGAGGAAUAAAACGCACUUACUAAAGUAAAUAAAAAGCACCCUCCACAAUUGUUGAGACCUGUGUUAAAAGAUGUCACAAUUUUCAACUAGAAACUUUAGAAAAAUUAUUCCUUUAAUUUAAGUGCUUUUAGUUUUUUAACAGUCACUAUUAUUUUUACCUUUAUGAUUUCCUAUGAAAUAGCUGUAAUUUGUUAUUUUAUAUAUUUUUAAGUCAGUUAAAAACAUAUUUUUUGCUGAUGUUAAAAUGACCAGUGUCACUUUUAGCCACUGUUUAACAUGGGAAAGACAAGAGAACAUGCCGCUCAAGUGAAGUUGUUGUGUAUUGGAAGAAGACAGGAAUGGCUACAAGAAAGUAGCUUUUCUCCUAAAUUAGCUCAUAUUUACUGUCAGAAAAAUGGUUAAACGUUGGAAACACUUGGAUUGAUGACAAGUCACAGGACAGUAAAGAAGAUAAGAAAAUCCCCAAAGCUCACUGUUUGAGGAAAUCAGUACAUUUUGGCCUCACAAAGUCUCCAAAACGAGGAUUUACUUCAAGGAUUUUGUGCCAAUAAUUGUGGCUGGUGCUGCAAGUCUGCACAGCGAAUCAAACUGGAUGUACUUUACAAGCCUAUUACCUCAAAAUGAGCAGUUUAAUCUUUUCAUAGAUCAUUCUGAAGUAAACAAAAACAGCUGAGAAAAACUGAUUUUCAUGCCAAGAAAGUAAAAAACUCACUCCUCUUGCUAACCUAACUUCAGACUACCUUCACUGACUUCAGUUUCUUGGGGUCUUGCUGUAUUUCUUUCCAAUGAUUCAUCUUGAAUGACAAAACAUCAAAUGAAAUAUUAAAUAUAGACUGCUUGAAUUUACUACUUGGUGAUCUACUUUUCUGACCACCAUUUGAAGCUGUGACACAUUUAAAUAAAUGUCACCCCUUAUAUUUUAAAAACUAAUUCACACCAAACUGCAAAAUAAUAUAAAUGAAAAAUCAAUGGCAAGAAAAUGACAACAUGGCUACCUUUCUAUUAUCAUAUCAUUUUUAUUCUUAUAAACUUAAUUACCUGUUUUAUUUGAGAAAAGGAAUGUCUAAUUAGCUUGUAUUGUGCUUGAACAUUUUAUAUAGACCGCUUAAAUCCUUGUGAUUUCCAAAGUCAGGUCAGGUUUUAUUUUGUUUGCUUUUGUUGACCAUAAAUGUUUGUCUUCUUGUACAUUAUGGUUUUUUCAGAAACAAGAAAGGACUUUUAAAGCAAACACGUUUCUGUCAGCAAGGUAAAGAGGCUUUUUGGACAAACUGUAAAGUCAAACUAAAUCACCUUCAGCAAACCAAACAGUCUGUCGCUGCAGAGCUUUUGUUGGCAAGUUGUGUUUCAGUUUGGGCCAAAAAUAGUCCAGAAGUCUCUUGAUGUUGAUGUCCAGCUGUGCUGGGUGAUGUCAGUCCUGACUAACAUGUACAAGAAUGUGUAAUGUUCACCUCGUUUGCACUUAUGUACAUAAAUACUCCAAAUUUAUUUUGAAUAAUACAGAUAAAAGAGAUGAUUAAAAAUAACCAAUCAGCGUAUUGUUAGCGGUGUGUCUAUUGUUUUAUUACAGUGUGAAAACAAUUGAGGUAUCUGUCCUUUUGUUUGUGUGUUGGUGAUGACACGCAUUAAACUGUGUCAACUGUAAACUGUGUUUGGUUUGCUCCGGAGAAAUAUUUCUUUCAUUAUUCCCUAACAUUGAAAAGAACAAGUGGAUAACCACAAAGUCUGCAAUAACUUUAGGAGAUCAGUGCCAUCUUUGCCCUUAAGUCCAUGUCGUUAUUUACAACAUGUAGGAAAAUCACCUCCUGAAGCUGAAAAUAGCCAGAAGGAAAGAAAAAAAUAGGAUGAGCAGAAAGAAAAUAAGAGGAGAGCGUGUGCCGGAUGUGCUUACAGGGUUUAAAUUUGAAAUUCUGAUUUUACUUCUGCAUAAGCAUUCUUACACAGACAUGAUUUUAUCAGAAACUGACAUGUCAAGCGAUUGCGUUGCUAUUGGAGCGAGUGAUUUUGUUGCCAUGGCUCCGGUCCAUGUUGUGGAUUGAUUGAGUCAUGCAGCUGAAUUGGUUCACAGCUCUGCGACUGUUCAGUGUUGAAAUGGAUCUCUGAUCCAAGCAAACUCCCUGAAGCUUCAAUGGUUCUUUUCAUACACUCAGCCUCUUCACCCUGGGGCUUUUUUUUGUUAUUUUUACCACUUACAGGUGAAUAAUUUCUCAAGUUUAUGUAUUGUCUGUUUGCUGUUAUUGUGCCUUCAUAGUACAAAGUGUAUUUUUUUGUUAAAUUCACAAACAACGGUAAACUGAAUGUGUGUAUGGGUGUUUUUUUUCUAAGUCUUGUCUGUGCAUCAUCGCGUUUUGGUAUAAGUUGAGUACAAAAAUCACAGACUGAAUGUCGGCCUGUUGGAGACGAAGAAGGCCUAAAGCUGUUGAGGACUAAGCCAUAAGAAAAUCUUUCCCGGACGCUUUAGGACAGACUGACUGCUGUUUCUAACUCAUUUAUUGUUUCAUUCGGCUUUCUGCUUGUGGUGCUUGUAUGUGCUGCUGUGCUCCACGCAAAUUUACUUUGCACUGUAUAGGUAUUGAGAGUUAAUGUGCCUAUAAUCAGUUCUGCUGUUUCUGUUUGACCUUAAAUAAAACACAUCAUGGUAA